AACAUGGCCUCCCAUCUCGAAGAAAUUAUCAGUCGGCUUUUAGUCGCCGAUAAUGAUGUUAUUCAACAGGCGACCCAGGAGUUGAAGAAAUGUUUCAACGACCCCAAUUUCGUACAAAGCCUUUGUCAGAUCCUUGCUACCUCGCAGAAUCUACAGGUUCGACAGUAUGCGGCAGUCCUGUUGCGAAAAAAGAUACUGAAAGGAAAACAAUGGGCUGCCUUGCAGGGAACAUUUGCCCAAACGAUCAGGGAAAACAUUUUACAGUUGCUGUUGCAAGAGCCAGAAAAAAUCGUAAGGAUCGCUAUAGCCCAGGUGAUAGCAACGGCAGCAAAACAUGACCUGCCAACCAACGCCUGGCCCCAGCUGUUUGCUUUCAUUUCACAGAAUGUGAAGGGUGAUUCCCCACAGCAACGAGAGCUGGGUAUGUACCUGCUCUACUCUGUUGCCUCAGCUGCUGCAGAACAGCUGAAACCCCACUUGGCAGACAUUGCAGCCCUUGUGUCUGGUGUUCUGUCAGGUGACCAAGGCAAUCUCGCACCCUUCUACGCCAUCAAAACCCUCUCAGAAGUCGUGUUUUUUGUCGGGGAUGAUGCUUUGAAAACAGUGCAGAAAAUUGUGCCUCAGAUUUUGGAAGUGAUUAAAAAUUUGAUAACAGUUGACCAGGAGAAAGCGUGUGAGGCGUUUGAAGUGUUUGAUGAAAUGUUAGAGUGUGAAGUGGUCAUGAUAACUCCGCACAUCAAAAGCACUGUCAUGUUCUGUCUAGAGAUUGCAGGUAACAGUGAGUUAGAUGACAGCAUAAGGAUCAAAGCCAUGUCCUUUAUAUGUUCCCUGACCAGGCUGAGAAAGAAGCAAAUUCAGAAGAACCAGCUGGUAUUGCCGAUCCUGAACGUGAUGUUCCCGGUGAUGUGUGAGACGUCAGAUGAAGAUGAUGAAGAUGAGGAUGAAGAGGAGGUGGAGAGUCAACGACCCUCGCAGCUAGCCUCACAGGUGUUGGACACAAUGGCCAUGCAUUUACCACCAGAGAAGUUCAUACCACCUGUUAUGUCAAUGGUGGAGCCAGCCCUACAAGAUGGCAAGCCGGAGAGACGGAAAGCAGCAUACAUUGCUUUGGCGGUGGUCGUAGAGGGCUGUGCAGACUUCAUCACCAACAAGCACCUUCAGGCUGUACUGCAGUGUGUCUGUAAAGGCCUUGGAGAUCCUGAACAGAUGGUCCGUAAUGGGGCACUAUUUGCUAUGGGCCAGUUCUCUGAGCAUCUACAGCCAGACAUCAGCAAGUACGCGAGCGAGGUUCUGCCGCUGUUGUUCCAAUACCUACUACAGGUGAGCCAGGAUGCAGACAAGAACCAACGGGGCCUUACACGAAGCUACUACGCCCUGGAAAUGUUCUGUCAGAACCUCGGCAAAGACAUAGAGCCGUACCUGCCAAAACUUAUGGAACAUCUAAUGACGGUUUUGAAAACAUCAACAACACUGAGGCCCAAGGAGCUAGCAAUUAGUGCCAUCGGUGCAACAGCGAGUGCUGCGGAGAAGCUCAUCUGCCCAUACUUCGAAGAGAUCAUCCAACAGUUUCGCGGGUACCUUGUAGUUACUGAGGGCAACGAGGAAAUGUUUAAACUGCAGAUACAGACCAUUGAUACCCUGGGGGUGUUGGCGCGGUGUGUGGGGGCUGAGAUGUUCCAGCCACUGACCAGGGAAAGUGUCCAGUUUGGUCUCAAUCUUCUCAAUACAGCGGAGGACCCAGAUCAGAGGAGAUGCAUCUAUGGUUUGUUUGCGGCGCUGUCCACACUGUUGAAAGGAGAUAUCGCAGAGUACCUGCAGACUAUGAUGCACUUCAUGCUCCUUUCUCUCCGUUCCAACGAGGGGGUCAAGGCCCAUGUUAAGGAGGAGAGCAGUUUCCUGUUUGAUGAUGCUGAGUUCGAUGCAGAGGUUGACAUCGAGGUCGAGGAACAGGAAGAAGAUGGCGACAUGUCCGACAUUGCGGGAAUUUCGGUAGAAAAUUCAUACAUGGAAGAGAAAGAGGAUACCGCAAUGGCCAUGGGCGAGAUUGCACUGAAUGCUGGAACCGCCUUCCUGCCCUAUCUUGAGGAGAGCUACCAAGAGUUACUUUCCUUGUUAGAGUAUCCAGCCUCUCGUGUGAAGAAAGGGGCCGUAAGCGCCCUGGGCCAGUAUUGUGUGUGUGUACAUGAGGUGGCCAAAGCUGGACAUGAGGUCCAAAACUCUCAAGUUGCAUUAAUGGGAAUGUUAAAUACACUGGUUCCGAAAUUCCUGACAAUCAUCUCCGAGGACGAUGACCGUGAGGUUGUCAUGUCAACAGUUGACGUCAUUCACGAUAUUCUGGAGAAGAUUGGUCAGCCCGUACUCCAAGUGCCUGAAGCCACUGACCAGAUACUGACCAAGAUGAAACUCAUCUUCAUUCACAAGGUGGCGUGUCAGUGCGGUGAGGAAGCGGAGGAGGAAGAGGAUGAGCAGGCGGAGUUUGACGGCAUGUUGAUCGAGUCUGCCGGCGAUGUGAUUCCUGUCAUGGCAAAACUUGUAGGAGGGGAAAACUUCCUCGCCUUUUUUGCCGGUUUUCUGCCAGACCUGCUUAAAAGAAUGAGACAGACCAGUUCAACAGCAGAAAAGUCAUUUGCUGUAGGGACGUUAGGUGAGACUAUUGACGCUGUGGGCCCCUCCAUUAGCAUGUAUGCGGAGACCCUGUACCCAGUGUUCAUAAAGAUGAUCCGCGAUGAGGAUGACGAAGUACGCAGCAACUCUGUGUACUCCCUCGGGGUGCUCAUGUCCAUCUGUGCUCAAAAAUUACACGGGCACAUCCCAGAGGUGUUGAAGCUGUUGUUUGGUGUUCUGGGCAAUGAGAAGAACGGGCGUGUUAUUGACAACGUGUGUGCUGCCACCUGUAGGUUGACCCUCGCAAGCCCUGCACAGGUCCCAGUAGAUGUGGUUACGCCAGUAAUAAUCAAGUGUCUGCCUUUGAAGGAGGACCAGGAAGAGAAUUUGACUGUAUACAGGUGUCUAACCCACCUGUACUCACAGGGUAACCAACAGGUUAUAACUGGGAUUCCUGAGAUUUUGAAGGCCAUUGCAUCUUGCCUGGGCACAGACAAGUUCAAACCAGAGGUGGAAAAAUUGACGAUAGACUUUGUAAAGGAUGUGGCAGGGAAAUAUCCUGAGGCUUUCCGGAAUCUGAAGACUUCCCUCACCCCCGAUAUGUCAGCAAAACUAGACACAUGCCUAUCCGCGGUCAACGGCCACUGUGUUAAUGGAAAUUCAUGAUGCUUGAACACUUAUGUUUUAGGAACAAUUUCAGUCUGUGAAAAAGUUGUAAAAAGUAUUAAAAUUUUAAUUUUGAGAUUUAUUCCAUGAAAUGUUGUCAACAAAAUAAUGUGAGUCUUGAUAAUUUGAAUUAAAGUAAAAAUUCGUGCAAUUAUAUUGAAAUUAAUGACAUGACAUAAUUGUCUUCCAGUUAAUUGUAGAUUUGAAAUUUUGUAUUGCAUCAUAUUCUGUUUAAAAAAAAGAGCAGCCAUACAAAGAGUGGAGUGGUGCUUGCUAGCAAUUAGCUUUCCUUUAUCGUGGUUGUGUUGUUUGCUUUUAAUUAAGUGACAUUAUUAUACAUAUAUAUAAAUGUAUAAGAAACUUCUACUUUUACAUCUUUUUCGUUUUUAUCUUGUACUCACUUUCCACCUUGACUGGUCAUUUAUCUGUUUUGGCAUUUCAUUGUAUUGUUUAAUCAUACCUUGUGUUAUAAGCAUGUAGUUGUUCUGUUUUCUUGUCUUGCGUGAUGUGGUCCUUUUAAACCAGAGUUAUUGACAUAACGAGGGCUUGAUGCAAGACACGUAAGUCAUUAAUGGGAUUUACACCCCCUGCUGAGGUUGAGCUCUCGAUAUAAGCAACUCUGCUGUAUUACACUAAUUAUAUGUUAAAUUAAACUGUUCUUUACCAUAUGAUGUUCAGGACCUAAACUAAGCUGCAAGUUGAUUAUACAUGUAUACGUUUACUGUAAUUGUUCAGAUUUUUAUUAUUAAUCAUGUCAUCUUAUUUUCAAGAGUUUCUUUCUUUUCUAGGUGAAUGGUUUUCUAUACAUGUAUAUAAUUUAUAUUAUGUACUUGUUAUAUUUAUAUCCUUGUUUAACAAUAAAUUAAAUGAUGAGUAUUUAAUGCGAAGUUAUAAUUGAGACCAUUAUUUGCCAUAGAAAAAGAAGUUCUGGAGAGUUACUGAAGUACCCAAUAUUUUGGCAUUUACACAUUAUAAAGAAUUGUUUUAAUUUCUCAGCAUUAUGUAUUUUUGUUAUAAUCAUUGUGCAAUAUUAAUACAUUUAGUAACUAUGACUUUAAGUUAUUGGUUUAUGGACGCUUAUGCUAUGAAUUAUGAUAUUUUAAAAAUGACAUGUCAGCAAAAAUGAUUCCUUUGGAGACAAAAAAUUUAAUCAAGAAAAACAGAGAUAUAUUUGAAUGAACGGAUUAAGAAAGCAACUGAUCCCAAUGUAUACAAUUAAACAAAGUAUCAUGUUUAUAUGUAGCUGAAAAUAUCUAUAUGUUAAAGUUAGAACAUCUAAGUGAUUAAAAAGGGCGGAGCCAGCGAGCUCUUCUUAAUCAAUGCAGUUUUACUUUAUAAUUUUUAUGUUCUAGCCGACUUAGAUUUUCCCAAGCAGAGAACCAAAAUAGGAUGUCAUGUCUGUUGAAAAACUGUGAUUCUUUAUGUUUAAGGAACAAACAAAUGUCACUUUUUCCUUAACGGGUUUCAGUUUUGCUGACUAAGUCACAUGUGUUUUUGUUGACAUCUGUUACUGUAGUUUGAAAAUCCUUUUGCUGUCUUUGUUUUAUGAAAGCUUCCAGCUUAGAGUUUGUUUAUAGUUUUGUUGCUUAGAGUUACCAUUCCUAUUACCGGGUAGCUUGUCUUCUUUUUGUAAAGAAAACAUGUAAAGGUAUUGUUAUAGCCUCUGUGUCUUUAAUUUUCAUUGGUGUGCAAAAAAUUUAACCUUGGCCUGAACUCAAAAAAUGUUCGAGAUAUUCAAAUGAAACUUACUACACAUUUUGCCAGAGUUAAAAGCAAGGCCCAUAACUCCAGCUUUCAUAAUUGUUGAGUUAUGCCAUUCUGUUAGACUGGAAAACAACAGGAGCAUUGGUGUUGGUGUCGCAGCACUCUUGUAUUAUAGAAUUAUAGCCCAUAAACAUUAGGGAUAAGUUGCUUUAAGUGGCAGAUGUGGGUAUUAAUUGCUUUAUUGGGUUGGUUUUCAGAAUUAAGUUUCUUACAGUUUUUAAAUUUUAAGCUUUACUAUGAAUUUAAAGUGAAUGCAAAACUGACUGAUUUAUGUGAUAAAGCUAAUAGUUUCAAUUAUCAUACCUGAAAAGUGUUCGCAUAUUUAAAGAUAUAAAUUUGUUUAAAAAAAGACAUGUUUUCUGUUUCCGUAUGCUAGAUUUGACAUGCUCUAUUUCAUACAUAGCCAGUAUGUGUACAUAAAAAAAUAAUAAGGAAAUAAAUUUGCUGAAAGGGUCAA